AUGAGUGACAAUUUCCCUCUUCGCCCGUUGUUUCCCGAGGGAGCUUCAGACAUCGCGGAGAACCAAUCGGCCCCCUUCCUUUACGACUGGGCUCUCCCUGGCUACACGCAGCCAACUGCGCUUAGUUUUCCCGCCAAUACCGACCGAUUUCCUGGUCAUGAUGACCCUUCAAACACCGGCAACCAACAUGGGAAUGCGAAAGUCCCCAUCCCGCGAACUUCCUACCCUAGCACCUGGACUACCAACAGCGGGCGAGUCAGUCGCGCAUGCGAGAACUGUCGAGAACAAAAGGCUAAAUGCAGUGGUCACCGCCCCGCUUGUCAACGAUGCCAGGAUGCGGGGAUGCCGUGUUCGUAUGGCGAUCGGAAACGCGAGAAAUUGCUAAAGCAGCUGGACGAUCUUACCACACAAGUCAGCACAUAUGAAAAUCUACUGCGAGAGAUCUACCCGAAACUUGAUUCUCCAUUGGCCCAACGUGUUGAUCAGACACUAGGAGGCCAAUUACUUAAAACAUCGAGUACAUCUGGUCCUCCAGAGGCCGGGUCUUCUGGCUAUUACUUGGCGACAAUUGAUCACACCGAGGAGGAUUUCAAUCGCGAUGAAAAGAUUCAGGCGAUGGGUUUUGUGGGCGAGCAUUCGGAGAUGUCUUGGCUGUACAGACUCAAACGAGACCUCGAUCAAGAAAGCGCAACCCCCGCCAGCGAUAACCCCGAUCGGCCAUCUAUCUCAUCCCUGAACUAUUUUCAAGACGACCGCGAGAUCUCGAUCCUCAUCAACGUGGACCCGAUGCAACGGCCUCCGCAAGACAUUGCUGACAAGCUCGUUGACAACUACUUCCAAGCAGUGCAUCCCGCCUUUCCUGUCAUUGGCAAGGAGAUUUUUCUGAGCCAGUACCGGUCUUUCUACUCCAGUGCGAAUGUGCGCCCUGGGAAAAGGUGGCUGGGAGUGCUGAAUCUGAUCUUUGCCAUCGCGGCGAAAUACUCACUGCUAGCAGAAAGUCAACCCCUGGUGAAUCCCGAUGACGAUUUGGUGUUUUUUGCCCGGGCUUGGCGGCUGAGUAUUAGAAACGUGGCUUUGCUGGAUCAUCCCAAUCUGCAGCAGGUGCAGGUCGAAGGGCUAGCGGCGUUCUACCUCCUUUCCACUGGUCAAGUCAAUCGGUCAUGGCGAAUUAUUGGGAUUGCGAUUCGAUCUGCGGUGGCGAUGGGUCUCAACCUUCGUAGCGACACCGAUAGUAUUGCACAUUUAUCCAAGGAGACGCGCUACCGCGUGUGGUGGGCGCUGUUCACGUUGGAUACGGUGCUGUGCGUGAUGACCGGGCGUCCGCCCAGCACCGACGACGUGUUCUGCACCACACCACUUCCAAUUCCCUAUCGAGAAGAGGAUUUCUGGGACGAGGAAGUUGUACAACUCAUCACCGACCAGGGCAUCCGAAACUACCUGAUGGGCUCCCUUCUUUCCCCUCGCGACGCUUCCGGAUUCGUCAACACCUCAAACGAUCGCAUUUCUUCCGCCCCCCAUGAAUUAGACAAAGUGACACCCAACAUCUCGUUGUAUUUCCUGUACGCAGUGGACCUGGCGUUCCUCAUGCGGCAGGCCAUCGAGAUGCUCUGCGCGACGAUCCUGGGGGAAAUGGAGUUGGCGAUCAAUUCCUUCAACACCCAUGCGGACAACUGGCUCGCCCGUCUCCCAACAGAGUUCACCUUUACAAAAUUGGACACCUCUCUUCCAUUCGUGCGCCAACGCGCCAGUCUCGCAUUCCGAUUCUACACUACCAAGCUCGUCAUCUCCCAGCCCUGUCUUCGCCGCCUCGCAAACCAACCUACCACCUCAUCCUUGGGAUCAACUUGUGAUAAAAUGGCAGCCAUGUGCGUGCAAGUUGCUUCCCAGAUGCUUGAUCUCCUUCCCGACGAGGCCGAUGCAUCCUGGCUUUACGGCGUCUCCCCCUGGUGGUGUAUUUUGCACUACGUUAUGCAGUCUACCACUGUUCUUCUGAUCGAACUCUUCACUCGUUCACAGCCGGAAACUCCUGACGCUGUUCUCCUUGGGAAGAAGGUCCAGAAGGCUGUCCGGUGGCUGCGUGAGAUGUCUACCAAAGAUGAGUCUUCGCAGCGAGCCUGGCUUGUCUGCAAGGAUAUCAUAUCUCGGCACGGCCUGAGAUUCGCCUUGGAGAUCGAUUGCUGA